GUGUUUAGAUGAUUAAAGUCUGUUGUUGCUUUUAAGCUUUGUUAUGCAGAAUCUAUUCUGGUUUAGCCAUAAUCACCUCUUUCCUUUGCCCCAAAUCAUUUAUAAUCGAAAAAAUGGAGUGACUUUUCAGCAGUAGCAGUAAGGUAAUAAGCUUCCUUUAUCCCUCCCAUGGACGUGUCCGAAGCUACUCAGAUAGUGAUGUCGAGGAUCCGCAAUUUGGAUCCUCAAAACGCUUCGAAAAUCAUCGGCUAUGUUCUGAUUAACGGCCAUGGCGACAAGGACAUGAUUCGGCUGGCCUUCAGCCCCGACGCUCUUCUGCAGGCUCACGUCGACCAGGCCAAGGCCAGCCUCGGCCUCGCCGCCGCGAGAAUCGAUAAUGGCGGUUUCCGGCACGGCGGCGGGAGGGAGGAGCUUUUCGGGGACCGGCUGCAGCUGUUUCGUGAGGUGGAUCCGUUUGUAAUGAGGACUGAUUCUUUGAUUUUUCCGGUUGGGGAAGAAGGGGGGUUUUAUUACAGGCCUUGUCUGUACUACGCGAGGGGGUUCUGUAAGAACGGCAGCGCCUGCAAGUACUUGCACGGCGGCGCCGGCGCCGGCGGAAUCGACGAUGUGGUGCUGAGAAUGAAGGCGAUUCAGCAGCAGCACCACCACCGGAUUCCUCCUUUUCAUUACAGCAAGUGGUUUAACGAUUAUCCGAGGGGUUCAUCGGACAGUGCUCGACAGAUUUACCUGACAUUUCCGGCGGACAGUACUUUCAGGGAGCAAGACGUCUCUAAUUACUUCAGCAUGUUUGGACCGGUGCAAGAUGUUCGAAUUCCUUAUCAACAAAGACGAAUGUUCGGAUUUGUGACCUUUGUCUAUCCGGAGACGGUUAGGCUCAUUUUGGCGAAAGGGAAUCCGCAUUUCCUCUGCGAUUGCCGCCUCCUCGUCAAGCCUUACAAGGAGAAGGGGAAAAUUCGGGACAAGAAAAUGCAGCAUGGGGAGAGAGUCGAUUAUGGCGAGAAUUUGGAGUCCCCUUUCGGUUCUAGAAUGCCGGUAGAGUUUGAAGGCCCGAGCUCGGUUCCUUCGUUUGCGAAGAACAUGGAGAUGUGCGAAUCAGGUGGCGAUAGAGAAGUAGAAGAAAUUGGUUUGUAUGCCGGGGAAGGAGUCGGCGCUUCGAUGGAGAACGAUGCAAUCGAUGGUGGAGAUCAGCCGCGCCAGCCUAAUGGCGACGGCUCAGAUCUUCCGGAAAGGUUCGACGGCGAUUGCGUCGGCUUACAAAUGGCUAGCUUGAAAAUAUAAGACAAGUGCAAGUUUUAGCCUUGGAAAUUUUCCUAUGUUUGGACCUUAGGCGUCACCCGUUUGCGAUAGUAUAUCUUGGCUUGCGUUAGCUUUCCAUUUAAAAAAAUAUUGAAGAAUCGAUUGAAUUAUCGAAGAAUUAAUUAGUUAUAGUUAUAGCUGAAUUUGGUGAAAAAAAAAAUAUAUUCUUGAAUAUAAUUAGGGAAAUAUUAUUUCAAUAUUAAAUUUAAAUUAAAUCUUUUGAA